AUGCUCACCUCCUGCAACUCAGCCCCCUUCAAGGCAUACGACCCUAUCAAGACAGUAACGCGACCAUCUCUGCAGACGGGACUAACCCCUUUUCCGGACAAUAUUUUACCCUUUUCAGAUAAAGCAAAGACCUCACCUACCAUUACUCUCGCCGCUAUAUUGACUAAAAUCGUCCCAGUCUUCUCUAGAAGCGACGGAACUCCUAGUGAUCCGUUCGCAUCCCCCGAUAGAUUUCUUUCAUGGGAAGAUGUGUCCACUCUACCGCCGAAUGCACUCUCGGUUAUAGCACCAUGGGUCUACGAUGCCUUAGCACAAGUGACGAAACCACAAAUUCGACCAACAGGGAAAACUACCACAACCAAAAAAAUCACCUCGACAUUGGUGAAGCCCAUGACCAUGGCCUCGUCCAAACCCAAAACUACCCCUUCAUACUGCACACCCGGCCAGAAAUGA